UUGUUUCAAUUGGCAAGAUGGGGUCAGAUGAGAGAUGCCAUUGUGAAAUGUAGCACAGAAACGCCACUGAACGAUACGCUAUGGUACCCGGGUUGUCCAAUGAUAGCUAAUAGAUAUAUUUACCAGGUUCGGAGUAUAAUUCCGCAUGUUUUGCCUGCGUUCGUCAUAGAUAUAUUUUUAAGACUCCGAGGUAGUAAACCAAUAAUGAUGAAACUUCUCCUAAAUGGCAAUAAGCUGUUUACAAUGGCAGCAUAUUUCGUCAUGCACGAAUGGACUUUCCAAAGGGAUAACUGUUCUGACUUAGUGAGAAAAGUGAAAAUGUUGAACGACGGCGAUAUGGUCAAACUAGAUUUACGGGCUAUGAAUUGGGAGAAGUAUGUUGCAAUUUACCAAAUGGGAGUUAGGAAAUUUAUUCUGAAACAAGAGUUUAAGUCAGCAGCCCGACAACGGUUAUCAAGGUUGUACUGGAUACACCAGAUCACUAAAAUGUCCGGUAUAAUGAUCUUACUAUGGAUAGUAUACCGUAUCGUGUACUGACUAUUCGAACCUUAUUUUUUCUGUUUAAACCAAAGGAAUAUAAAUACAAUCUUAUGAAGAAGGGAUUCAACAUCCUCAUAUCCUCUUCAUUUUGCCUUUUCACUCGUCCCUUUCUAAAUAAAUCCAUUUAUGACAUUGCUUGUUUUUUCUAUAAUAUUUUAAUAAGAAUGCAGUUAUUUAUACGCACAUGAUUUCAGAGCUGUAAGCAAUUCAUCUGCUCACUGAAUAUGAACAUUUUUGCAUUAUAAGGACAACGGUAUAAUGACAAAAUCCUCUAUCAUUCUUCACCAAACAAAAGUUACGAGAUAGUUAUUCGUUGACAAUAAUAAUUUACUAUUGGAAAAAUCUACUGAGCAAUAAACAAU